AUGAAGUCUGCUGGAACUGUUGAUCAGAAUUUAUUUACUGACACCUACUGUAAGGUAUGCAGUGCCCAGCUGAUCUCGGAGUCUCAGAGAGUGGCACAUUAUGAGAGUCGGAAACAUGCCAGCAAGGUUCGACUUUACUAUAUGCUUCACCCAGUUGAUGGAGGAUGUCCAGCAAAGAAACUCAGGUCGGAAAAUGGAAGUGAUGAUGGAGAUGUGGACAAGAACAAAUGCUGCACACUCUGUAAUAUGUCAUUUACCUCUGCAGUGGUGGCACAGUCACAUUACCAAGGCAAAAUUCAUGCCAAAAGGCUAAGACUAUUGCUGGGAGAGGAGCCGCCUUUGGGAACAGAACCAAAGCAGAUUUCCUCGAAGCCCAGUCCAAUAACAAACCCCUCGCGACAGAGAAGGGAUUCAGACAGGUUCUGUCAGCUCUGCAAUGCCUGGUUUAAUAAUCCAAUGAUGGCCCAACAACACUACGAUGGUAAAAAACACAAGAAGAAUGCAGCACGAGCAGAUUUAUUAGAGCAGCUCGGUCAGACACUAGACCCUGAAGCACUCCGAGGUUUCUGUUUAGUAAUAACACUGAAGCGCAGUUACACCUGCAGUUUGUGUCAUAUGAUCCUAAAUUCCAUAGAACAGUACCAUGCCCAUCUACAGGGAUCCAAACAUCAGACCAAGUAA